AAGUAUAAUUCAAAUUUAUUUAUUUCAAAACAGAAUCAGGCCAUAAGUAUCUAUGUAAUUCAUAACAUUGCUGCAGAGCUUACUGCAGCAGUGUAUUUUGUACAGUGUAAUGUUAAAACAUAAAAAAUCAAACUUGUUCGUGAUGAUCUACUCCUGUUUUCCUGAUACCUCAUUGAAUUAACAAUACUGAUGGCAGAUGGCACGCCAGAUUUUGCUGAUCUUCUUGCUGCAUUUGAUGAUGCACCACCUGCUGUAAGCUUGCAACAGAUCACCGGCACCACUCAUGGAACCAGCUUACAUGCUGGUGCUGUACAAUUUAGCGGGAAUGUUCCGUUGCAAUUUACUCAAGGUUAUGCUGAAAAUAGAAACAAUGGUCCAUUUAGACAAAUCAACCAACAAGGAUUUACAACUCGUAAUCAAACACGUCAGAUGCCUACUACGAAUCCAGAUAUUUCAUCAGAAUUACAGAGUCAUCACAACUUUUCUGAUGAUGUCACAACACAUGGUGCAGCAGCUGAUGAUUCAUUCAGUGGAGGAAGUCUUGGAUCAAUGUUUCUUUCAUCAGUUGAAUCUUUCUUAUCAGAUGAAGGAACAAGCCCAUAUAUGAUCCAACUUCCACAAACUCAAAACACUGUGCAACCAAAAACAGCACAACGUAAGCAGAGACAAAAUCAAAAAACGAUUAACGCACCAUCCCGGAAUCAAAACUAUCAAUCUAAUAAAGUUGUACAAAACACAGAACCUUUAUCAGGGAUUCAUAGAUCACAAUAUACCAAUGUCACCCAAUCUGCUGCUAGCCCGUUCCAAAGGCCAGUGCAAUCACAGAGCAAUGCAGCAGUUCAUGGAAUGAAAAUGGGAACACCAGUGUCAUCUCCUCCAUUUGGGAUGCCUACUGAUAUGCAAGGAAAUACUGGAGUUGCAAAUUUGCCUCCUAAUGUUGGUGGCCAGCAAAAAGCAUUUCCACAAGUACAAGGCCAAUUUAUUCAUCCAAACUUAGGACGACAGCAAGUGCAACCCGCUCUGCCUAAUCCACCUCGUCCAUUGUCUGCUGCAUCUUCCACUUCUGAUCAUCCUGGAAGUCACCCAGGCAGUGUUCCUCAACCCAGUCCAUCUUGCGGGUCUAACCACUCAGGAGAUCCUGCCACACCCCUGACACCUCAGUCUUACAAUGCUGGAACACCACAGUCUUAUAACCCUGGCACCCCGCAGUCGAAUAUUAUAAAUCAACAGCGACAACGAGCUUCAGGAUAUUCUGAACUUCAACAGAUUCCUGGACAGGCUGGUCAAAAUUCAAAUGAUAGCUUCACAAGCAAUCAAAGAACAACAGCAUAUCAACAGCAGCCUUCUCCAUUAAAGCCUGCAAUAAAUACAUCCAAUGAUUCUAUUUCUAAUCUGCAUAUACCAAUGAAAGAAUCUUUUAUUUCUCCGAUCAAUGCUGGGUCGUCCCAUGAAAAUAUUGGAACCUGUAAUCUUGCAUACAAUGAUAAUUCUGUGAUGCAUUCUAUCGCUACUGAUAACAAUACCAGUCAACCUUGGAUUCCAAACACAAUUAAUAACUCAAAUGUUACACCAGCAUUGAUGGCACCAGAUUCAUUGUUUAUUAACAAACCAGCCAACAAUCAACAUACAAUUCCAGCCUCCACCUUUGCGGCUUCAGACUGGCAGCAUAAUUUUGGAGCUUCUGAAACUUUUGGUGAUGGAUUUGGUAUGCCAUUGCACAAUCAGCAACAUUUGGAGCGUGCAGAUACGGGCCCUGGUACAGCAAGUCUAACUUCAAAGCAAAAUGCACUUCUUGAUCAAUUAUCUUCAUUUGGCAAAUCAAAGAUGAAACAACCUAACUUCGCUCCGCCAUCGUCUUUAGAGAAUAUUUUAGAAUCUGGACCUAGUGGACUGAUGUCAAAUCGAUUUCCAGAAAAAUUUGAUAUACCAUCUGGAUUAUCUGUUUCAGAAUCGAAUGCCACAUUGAAUAUGAUGAACAAGGCUAAUGAUGCUGGUACUGCAGCUGUUAAAGGGUUAUUCAGCUCUCAAGCAACUCAUUAUGAAGCAAUCAGUCCUAUAAGUGAUUACGCAAUGUCUCCUGUAAGCAAAACAACAGUUAGUGAUGAUACUCUACCUGAAAGCUUUCUCUUUUCUCCAUCAAAGUUCCCUUCUGAGAAGACUGAUAUGAUGAUCGACCAAGACAUAUCCAGUUCUGUUGUUUCAGAUGUUGCCUCAACUGAUCCUGUGCUAAUGUAUGUGAAGCACGACAAUGCUAAACAUUCUAAAACCAAUGUCAACAGCAAUCCCAGUUUACCUGGUCAAUUUCUCUCCCAAGAACUGAAUCUGAACAUGUCAGCUACUUUGAAAAAAGACUUGAUGCCGCCUGUGUCAGCAAACUAUGGUAAUGCAGGUAGUUUCAAUAGAAACUCUCAGCAGUUUGUGAAAUCGUCACAGUCAAGUCUUUUAUCAAGUUUAUCAAACCAAACUUCAAAUGUUGCACCAUCGUUUGAGCCUAAUAGCGCAUUGAGGCAGAAGCAAUCAUGGGGCUCUUCAUUGCCCCCAUUUGAUAGCUCACGUUUUAGUGUCGAUGCUUUGCCAUUCCCUGAGCCUGCCAUCUUGAAUAAAUCGAGUGGUUUUACAUCAAAAAAUCUGCAGUCAUCUCCUAUGAAAAAGAAACCUAUUAUUGGAACCUCUGAUCCAAAAACAAUUGAUCAGCAAGGAAGUUUUGGUAUAAAUAGGAGAAAGAGUAGUUCUGAGAAAUCUAAGGUAUCAUUGAGCAAAUCUAAAAAGUCUUCAAUUGAUACUGAUUUUGGCUUUGAAUCUGACGAUGAUGCAGAGCCAACAAUUUGUUUAAGUAAGCCAACACCAAAGACAAAAGCAGCUAAGAGUAAUAAACCUGAGUCCAACCUGAUGUCCCCUAAGACACGAUUGCCCAUUGCUACGGUUGGAUCACAUAUGAAAAAUCAAAUGGAGCAACUGAAAAAACUACAUGAACAGCAAGAAAUGCUCCUAAAGAUUCAAAAAUUCCAAGAGCAAUGUGGAAGUUCGGCACCAAUUUCAAAUCGAGGUAAUAUGAGUAAUCAGCAAGUAAUACCUAAAACUCAGGCAGUGCCAUACCACAGACAGCCACAUCCAUCAUCUAAAGAAAAGAAACCUUCAAAUUCAUCAGCGCUUCCAAAGUUUUCAUCAUUGCCUCUGCCUAUGUUGCCUAAAGUUUCUCAAGCAGUACAACCUAAUAUGCGGCCUUCAAUAGAGUCAUCUAUACGAAUUGCAACAUCUCAAUCUGACGUUCCAUCAAAAGAAAGUGAAAUAUCCAAAUAUUCGUCUCGUAGCUCUACGUCACAUGCAAUGACAUGCACUUCAAUAACUCAUGGUGUCCCAACAUUUACAUCGACUUCAAGUCAAUCUUUACCGCAUUUUUUAAAUUUUCUAACAACACCAGUGACCUGCACUGGCCCUGUGUCUCAACCUCUAUUGUAUUCUGUAACUCCAUUCACAAAGGCUAAUCAAACAUCAAGUUCCACAGAAUUGUCAAGUUUUUCUGGACCUGGUGCUCUUAUGCAAAAACAUACAACCUCGUCAUUUACACCUCCUAAAACACCAACACGUUCAGUAUCAUCGUCAGUCUCUGUAAGCAGUAAUGUUCCUCAGCACUUCCCUUUGAUGUCUACAACUGCACCUUUGAUGUCUACUUCUGCAAGUAUUACAACUUCUUCGUCUAAACAUCAGCGAAUGUCUCUGUUGUAUCCACCACUCAGAUCAGUGUCAGAUACUUCGAUAACAUCAACGAUUUCUUCCAUCUCUUCACUGCCAAUCAACAUGUCGUUACCACAAAAAAGUCUUCCAUCGCCAACUCCUGCUCCAACAUUUGUUGGUGAUAAUAUAACAAAGACUAAUUUAAUUUCUGAUAUGUCACAAGCGCAAAUGUCAUCGAAUAGACCUCAACCUUUUGACAAUAGGCAUUUUGAUUUGGACUGGCUACAUCGCGAACCUUACAGUCGAAUUCCAAACAAGAGUAAGACACCAGAGUCUGGAAGAAGCCUUGUGACCAAAACAUCUGCGGAUUCGCCAUUUCAAAAUGCAGCAACCUCUACUCAUCUUGACAUUGGUUCAGCAGUGACUGUUUCAAAGCCUGAGAUAACUUCUGCUUCAGAAGAGGGAACAGUUACAUUGAAGCAGAGUAUUCACACAGUUCAUCAUGUGGAUAUACCGAAGUCACACCCUUCUACAUUGACUAACAAAGAUAGCACCCCAGUUUUCCAGGAAACGAAACAUCUUAAUCAUAAAAAGCAUAGGAUACUUGAAGCUUAUCCUCAGUCAUCUGACAGCUAUAAAUCUUCUAUCAAUACUCCAAGUUCCAAAUUUCAGAAUGGGAUUCCAACCUCUCUUGCGCACAGUGUACUGGAUAAGCAACGGCGAUAUUCGAAAGAACACAGUAAUAAAAAAUUCACUCACAGAGUGUCACAUCAUGUUAUAAACGAUAAGAAAUCUAUUUCAGCUGCGCAAACCAAGCAGUCUGAUUUACCCACUGUAAAGACCGCAAAUAAUACCGGUGGCAUAUCUGAAAUGAGAAGAGUUUCUUCAGAAGCUGAAAAAUCUGUCUCUGCAGUUGAAAAACCUGACAAAAAGGAUGAUGAUCAAGCUGGAAGUAUGCUGUCAUUUUUCAACUCUCUACUUCAAGAAGCUUCACAAUCAGCAGCAGACAGUCUGAAAACUAAAGCUGAAGACAGUGAUAAAGAAGGUGAAAAUCCUGUGGAACAAUCACCGAAGGUGUCAGGUGAUUUACGAGGAAUGCUAGAGGCUAAAAAAUCGAUAUCUGCUCCUGUAACAACAACCUUAUCUGCAGGCACAUCAAACCCAGUGGCAAAAACAUCAAACCCAGUGAAAAAAACUGUUGUUCAACCGGUACAUACAGUCAAAAACAUCCCAAAAAAGAAUCGACCUGCCGCCACUGUGCCAUUUAAAAGAAGACCUUACCCAGCCAUUGGUGAUAAUGAAGCUGUUAAUUUGUCUGGGAACACAAAGAUACUUCCAACCACUCUCCCAGUGUCCCAGCCUACAAGCGCUGGGAGUACAGCCAUCAAACAAAAAUUGGUUACUGCUACAUCCACUGCAGCAGUGCCUUUACCGUCUUCAACUCCCAAUACAAUUACUCCACAAUUGACUUCAGUCACAAGGAGUGUGAGUAUGAAAGAACCUAUACAAACCUCAAAAGUUGCAAGUACAAGUGUAAAUGCUACUAUUACGACUGUCCCAGUAGUCACAAGUGUAAAUGCUACUAUUACGACUGUCCCAGUAGUCAAAAGUGUAAAUGCUACUAUUACAACUGUCCCAGCAGUCACAAGUGUAGAUGCUACUAUUAUGACUGUUCCAGCAGUCAAUAUUGCUAAAGUUUCAGAGUGUGAUCCAGCAACAGAAAACGCUCUACCCAAAAUAUCAGCUGUUCCUAAGCUCAGAAUCACUAUGUUUCGUUCCUCAAAAGGCCAGGUUAUUCACCAGGCAUCAAUGGUAGGUAAUGCAGUCAAUGAAGACUCCGUGGAUUCUGACCACACUACUCAUAAAAAACAUAAGAAAAAGAAGAAAAGAAAGAAACGAAAAAGGUUAUCUUCCUCAGAUUAUGACUCAUCAGUUUCAUCUUUAACAUCUAUGUCAUCUAUGGAACCUAGUAUUAAACUUACUCAAAUGGCCAAUAAAUAUAAUGAAAUAGCGAGCAAAGUUAUAGAAAAAACAUUGGAGCAACCACCACCUUCUACCCAGUCUACGCCCAUCAUAAAAAUUGCGCCAAUAGUCGAUUCAACGAAACCACCUCAAAAGCGAAAAAGAACAAAAGCAAGCACUGUGGAAAAUACUGAAAAGAAGAAGCCAAUGAAACGUGUCAAAGUCUCAAAGACAACGACCAAGAAAAAGUCUGACACAAAAAGCAAUGAACCUAUCGCAAGGUAUCAGCCAAAAUCUGCACUUAACUCAGUUUCCCCAGGUACACAUUCAACCACAAAAGUUUCUGUAACACUGCCGUCAGCGUUUCAUCGAGCACCAGGAAAGUUGCCAAUGUAUAUGAAUGCAUCUGACUCGACGUCUGCUGCAGUGCCUACAAUACAAUUAGUAGCUCGUAACACAAAACUUUUAGAAAGUGUUAUUGAUAAUAAAGAAGCACAGUCUAAAACUGCUGGCUCAAGUGGGGCAGGAACUCUAUUGCCAAAAACCUUGUCCACAGGAUUACUCGCAAAUACUGGGAUGCAAUAUAUAAUCCCCAAUAGCCGAGCACCACAGCGUAUCAUUCUGCCUAAUAUAUCAACUCCUAUAACAAUGCCAAUGUCACUGGUAUCACCUCUGUUAGGUCGGUCUCUUUCAUCCGGCUUUUAUCCAAUUACAGUGUCUAAUGCCAAACAGGGUAUAUCAAUGUCCUUCUCGGUCAGUGAUACUGUGGUUUCAUCAACUAAAGUCAAUUCCAAAAUAUCAGAAGCAAAUUUGCAAAGUUUAAAACCAUCACCCAAAAAGUCAUCAACUUUGGCAAUUGUUCGACCUUCAGAUGCAACAUGCCUGUUCUCCGAUCAACUUUCACAAUCAAACACUGUAACAAGAACAUUAGUACUGCCCAGGGUAACAACGAAAGUCACGCCCACUUUAAUACCAACUUCAACAAGCAUGAACAGUUUUCAGUCUACCUUCUCCAAACUGAUCAGCAGCCAAAACCCAAUCUCGCAAUAUGUUCCUCCGGAUCCACCAGAGCAUCUCAUGAUCGAUCCAAAAGCGAAUAAACAUCAUCAAUGUCUGGAAUGUAAAGAUAAAUUUAUGCUUCAUGACAGCCUGGAUGAUCAUUAUGAUAGGAGGUGCAUUCUCAUCAAGGUUCGUUGUAUGCAGUGCAAUCAAAACUUGGUCUUUUUAAAUAAGUGCAAACUUCUGCUUCACGCUCGUCAGCACAGUGAUAAAGGAAAUGGAAUGCAAUUCAAUAAUGCUCAUAUUUCACCUUUGCCACUCUCUAUGUGCAAACCUCGUACUAGAGAAGAGUUUUUAAACAAUAGUGCCUCCUCUGAGAGAAGAAGAUCUUCAAUUGCAAGUAGUGAGGAUGAGACGGCAAGUUCGGGACUCAACACAUCUUCCACCUCCAGUGAUACUGUGAUGGCCUGCAGUGAAUGCAACUUUCUGACAACAAGUCCGGAAGCAUUGGAAGAACAUUUUCAACGGCAAUCGACACCGCCCUCACCAGAUACUUCCGCUGGACCAAAACCUACCUCAAGCAAGUUUACAUGUGAUAUGUGCAGCUUGACUGUAUCAAAUCAAUGUAGCUUCAAUGCACAUAUGAGAAUGCAUAAGAGAUCUUCACCACAUACAUGCCCUGAAUGUGGCAAAACUUUUGAUAAUGAAGGGUCAAAAGAACAAACCUGUUCUGAAAACAAGAAAGAGAUUGAUUUCAAUCUUCACUUGAGUAUUGAAUGUUUCCAUCUAUCCCGAAUGUCAUGUUACAAAUGUAGGAUCUGUUGCUCCAUUUUCAAAAACGCUGAACUAUUGCGCAGGCACUUAGAGGUUCGUCAUUUGCAAACAUUUUACAAAUGUCGCGAUUGUCCUAUGGCUUUUAAGACUCAGGAAAACAUCGCAAGCCAUCAAAGAUCUGCUCAUGGAGUCGUUGCAGUCACAAAAACAAUACACAAAUGUCCGCUCUGUGAUACUGUCUUCACAGACAACAGUCCAACUCAACAACUCUUCCUUUUACAAAAACAUUUUGAAGGCCACAUCAAUCAUCCUUCUAUUAACAUUACAGCUUACAAAUGUCUAUUCUGUAACAAUAUUUAUGAGAGGAAAUCCUUACUUCGUGAACAUUUGAAAUCAGCUCAUGGGGUAACUGCAACAAAUGAAUCGUGCAGUGAUGAUUUAACGAAAGAAAUAAAUGAAGCUCAAAUGCUGAUGGAUUUAUCUACAAAAGAAAAUACUGGAGGAAAUUUGAAAAAGGGAAUCGCAAAAAAAAGAAUUGCGAAAGUGUCCUCCAAAGAGCCUUCUUCGAAAGUACCGAAGAUUUUGUCGCCAGAUAGAAGCACAUUUGAUGCAGCUAGUAACCUUCGUAUUGCCUCCGGAAUUCUGGGAAAUGUUGAUGGAUCUGGCAAGAAGAACCUGGCAUCUGGUAAAAUUUCAUCUGCUUCACCUGCUACAAUGAAGAGCGCAAGGCAACCAGUUAAAUUGAGGCUAAAGGGUAUGACAGCUCAUUCAGCCAACAAUUUGUCUUCCACACUUGUGUCAUCAACUAGUGUAUCUAAAGAUGUGUCAUCUGCUGCUGAUAAUAUGCCACCUGCGAUUUUGAGAGAUGGCAAGAAAGUUUAUCCCUGUGGACAAUGUAGCAAAGAACUACCAUCUGCAAGUGCUCGAUUAAAUCAUGUGAAGUUGAAACACAAAGGCAUAAGGACAUUGUAUUGUUGUCCAUACUGUACUGUCAAUCAAAUCAAAUUUGCCAAAAGGAUUUCACUGAAAAAACAUCUCAAAAGGGUUCAUUCCAUUGAAGAGAUGAAAAAGCAAGAUGUCCAUAUUGAAUAUGCCAAAAUUCCCAUCGGUCAAAGGUUUGAUCCUUCAACAUUCAAUUCUAAUAAAGAAGAAUUGCCAAAUCCUUUGGCAGUUGUUACACAGCUUCCAGAACCCUCUGGUGAACGUAAACAAGUUCGAAAGAAGAUAACGUCAAUCGGCAGAAGAACUAGUGACGAAAAGAUCGAUCGGAGACCAAUACGUCAGACGAAAAGAAAUGUCGAGAACGGAAGUCCUAUUGUUGAAAAUUCUGAUGAAGAAGUUGAGAAAAUUACAAGGAACUAUGUGGAGGACACUGAAAAGGAUGUAUCGGAAUCUCCUGAUUUUUCGUUACUUCGAUUUCCCAAUGUUUACGUGUGCGCCAAAUGUGGUUUCCAAUCCAAGGAUAGGUUGACAUUUCAGGGUCACAUCAUUGAGCACAGAGAAGAAGCUGAAUUCGAUCCAGCCAUGUUCAGUACUAUGCAACAGUGUACUGAAUGUGGUCUAUGCUUUGCAUCAGUGGCUUCUCAUGCCAAACAUAUGUUUAUAAAACACAAAAUAAAAAGAAUAAAACUCUUGCAACUGUAUGAUGAUCAGUUAAGAGAAGGUUAUGUGGAAUCGAAGUCAGAAGACGAAUCUACUGCUAAGAAACAUAGGUGCACAGUUUGUUUCAAGCGUUUUGAAGAUGACGCUCAACUACGAACACACAUGAGGACGCAUGGCCUUGCAUUUGUUAAAUCAAAACAUGUUUCAUGACAAACAUGUUAAUUUGAUUUUUGAAUGCAAUAACUUAAGUCAUCAACGCUUUAUAUUGUGUUUGGCUAGAAUGAAAAACCAUUUUGCCUAUUAGUUUAUACCAUAGGUGGGUGAUGUAGAAGCCGAUUCUUGCUUCUUGCUGUUCGACAUAAUUGCUGUCAACUUAAUAUUCCAAAAUGAAUUGCUGAAAAAGCAGAGGUGGUGCACUGGUGGAACUGAAAUUAUUUAAACAAGGCACAUUAUUUUAGGCCAUGCACAAAUUUGUGAAAAUGUUCGUUCAACUUUUCAACAAUCCUGAGCAACCUGGUCAUACAAUCAAAUUCAAAAAUGAACUUGUAUGUUAAAUUGAGAUUCCUAUUCACGAAGUCGCCUUACAUUACAUUUUGUAUAAUAUAUCAGACUAGAUUAUUUGCAGUUAAAGUGGAAGAAUAAAAAAAUUUUCUCAAGCCUAUUUAUUCUAUGAUUUUCAGCAGACGGUGCUGGUUAACUGCUGUUUGGUGUGUUAUUUUAAUGAAUUGAAUAAUAUUUAUCUACAUAUAGAACUUAUCUUUUUUGCCAAUUUUGUAUUUCGUGUGUUCCACAUGUUUUAAACAUUGAUAUCAACCAUAUUUAAAAUAUACAGUUAUUUGUUUGGAGAAUGAAAAAUUUGGCAUGUUCUAUGUUCCAUUUCUGAAAUAUCCAAAUGAAAAUUUAUGUCUUUUUGUGAAACGAAGUCUGCAAUUGACACAUAUUUGCAUUUUUUUUAAAAAAAAUUGUCUGUGUGUGACAUAUAAAAUGCCAAUGACUUUUAUAGCCAACUUCUUCAUGGCAAUUGUGACUGUGCCAAUUGAAGGAUUGCUUUUGUGUCACCUUCCCAUAAAUCAAUGCUUGAUUUCGAAUAGCAACGUCUGUAAUAAACAUGCCAUAGUAUUCUGGUUGCGGUACGAAGCGAGCAAGUUUUGGAUCGGUUACAUCACGAGUUUUUUUAUGGGAGUGCUGCUGAUAAAAGUCACUAUGGUUAAAUAUAUAUUGUUUAUUUAUUUUGUUAAUACACAACUAAUCUUACUGAACAAUGUUCUAUUUUAUUUAUAAAUGCAAACACAUUAACCGAUACUACAGUUACAGUUGCUUAGUUCUUGCUCAUUGUUUAAUUUGUACAAAGAAUAGAUGGGCAUAGAAAACUA